CAAACAUAUAUAUUGCAUUUGAGUAUAUCUGUUGUAGACUUUGUAGUAUACUACUGAAAGAUGGAUUCGAAGACGAAGGUAGCAAUACUUAUUCCUGGCAUGUUAGCCAUACUCCUUUUCAUCUCCUCAGAGGUGGCAGCCAGGGACUUGAAAGAGGAGGGGGUUCUUAAAGAGACAAGUAAAGUUGGUGAUGCCAAAUUAGUUGGUGGAGGGUUGCAAGGCUCUGGUCGUGGCUCACCUACUCCUGUCUUCCCUGGUCGUGGCAUUCCUGGUCGUGGCUUUCCUGGUCAGGGCUUUCCCGGUCAGGGCUUCCCUGGUCAGGGCUUCCCUGUUCAAGGCUUUCCCUUUCCCGGUCAGGGCUACCCUUUGGUCCCUGGUCAGGGCUUCCCCGGUCAGGGCUUUCCUGGUCAGGGCUUUCCCCGUCAGGGCUUCCCUGGUCAGGGCUUCCCUGGCCAAUUCCGUUGCAUUAAUGGCUGUUGUUAUGGGAAUGCGAGAGGUUGCUUAGCUUGCUGCUAAUACUGACAAUAAGACCUACAUAAAAAUGAGAUACAGUGUGAUCUAUGUGUACUUAAUAGUAUAUUUCAUGAAUAAAUCUCGUCAUAUGAGAGGAAUGGAUAGACAACAUGGAGGCCUGCAUGUCAUUUCUGUCGACCUUUCUUACCACUAGAGAUAUUUCACAAGUAGAAUUUGUGAUCAAUAAUAUGUCGUCGUACUAUGUUAUAGGUUUAAGAGCAAACUCAAAUAUUUACUGUACAAAUAGUUUGUAAUAAAUAGUGAGUUUUACUUCUAUCAUGUUACUACGUAUUAUCAUCC